GGUGCAAUCCAAUGUUCAAAUUGUAACGAAUGGUUCAGAAGUAAAGGAGGAUUGACAGUUCAUAGAUGUGUAGAAUUCUAGCAGGCACAAUAUUCAUUCAUCAGACUUGUUGCCUUUUGGAGGCAAGCGUGACUGUGUUACGGUAGCUUUUGAACAGGACAGGACAGAUGCUUCUGGCAGUUCAUGUCAGGGACGUAUGUCAGAUGGAGUGUUUGAUGGUGUGGUUCACACACAGGCAGAAACAUUCUUUAUUGAACCGGCACGUCGAUAUUUGCCAUUGUAUCAAUCUUUUGAUGGAGUUAUCUUCAAGAGUUCUGAUGUUUUAUGGGAUCAUCCAUCGCAUUCAAAGAACAAGACAAGUUGUGCAAUGAAUAAAUGGAUGUACAGGGAGAUGAAAAAACUGCAACAGACAGCACAACCAGUUGAAACAAGCAGAAAAACUACUAAUCAUGACCAACAUUCACAAUCUACCAAGAAUAUGUAUCGUCGGGCCGCCAAUGCUCCUCUGGACACUUGCACUGUGCUAGUUGCUGCUGAUCGAUUUUUCCUUCAACAUGUAGCAGGGGGAAGUGAGGCUGAGGCUAUCUCAGAGAUCACACUUCAUGUAGAUGCUGCAAAUACAGUUUAUAGAACAACAGAAUUUGGAUUGACUUAUCGUCCUGGUUUGUCCAUAGCAAGAGUACAGAUCUACACAGAUAGUAGCAACAUUUUUGAUGAUCCAAAUUUAAGCGUUCAAAACUUUUUAGAUCGCUGGUCUCGACUGAAUCACGACUAUUUCUGUUUGGCCAUGUUAUUCACUUAUCGUGACUUUGCAGGUGGCGUUUUAGGACUAGCGUGGGUUGGAUAUCCUUCAGGAUCAGGAACUGCUGGUGGAGUAUGUCAGAAACAAGUUAGACUGUCAUCAGGAAUUAGAAGCCUUAACUCAGCCAUAGUGUCACUGAUCAACUUUGGAGAACGUGUUCCUCGGAAAGUGUCACUCAUUACCACAGCACAUGAAUUUGGUCAUAACUUUGGUUCUGAGCAUGACCCUGAAACUGCAGAAUGCUCACCUGGGACUAGCAAUAAUGGCAACUACAUCAUGUAUGCUAAAGCUACUGAUGGGGAUCAACCUAAUAAUGAUGAGCUUUCACCGUGCAGCAUUCGUCAAAUUGCAGCUGUUUUAAAUAGCAAAGCGGAGAGUUGCUUUCAACCUACUCGUGGUUCUUUUUGUGGAAAUGGCAUAAAAGAGAAGGAUGAGGAAUGUGACUGUGGUUUCUCUGAUGAAUGUGCUUCUGUUGACCCUUGUUGUACUCCUCAAGGAGGGCAAGGCAAUGAUACAGAAUGCACGUUUAGAUUGGAUAACAAUGCAGAAUGCAGUCCUAAAGAUGGUGGUUGCUGCACACAAAACUGUAAGAUUCUGAAACCUCCUUUUAUUACUCCGUGUAAAGCUGCUACUGACUGUCUCCAGGCGUCUUAUUGCAAUGGAUCAAGUGGUUUCUGUCCUGAGCAACCUCCCAUAGAGAAUCAACCAGCAGGAGGCAAACUCUGCGAUAAUGGCACAAAGACGUGCGUUUUGGGAGACUGCAGUGGCAGCAUUUGCUCAACCAUCAAUUCUACAGAGUGCUUUUGUGACAACAGUCCAUAUCUUUGUCAUAUUUGCUGUCGCUUGCCUGGCACAGACCAGUGUUUGCCAACAUCGUCUUCGGAACUAAAGGGAUUCAAUCCAGACUUUCGAGCUCUUCUUCGUUCAGCUGGCCGUUCAUGUCAGAACUAUGAAGGCUAUUGCAAUUCUGCAGGAUCGUGCCAGGGAGUUGACAACAAUGAGGUAUUCAAUACACUCAACAAAGUUUUGUUUUCUUCAGAUUCUCUGAAUUGGAUAAAAGAGAACUGGCUAGUGAUUGUUGGUAUUGUUGGAGGGAUCGUCUUUAUAUUAAUCAUGUUGCAUGUGACAUACAAAAAAAAUAAGCCAGUGAGAAACCUUGCGAGGAAGGCGUUUAGUAGAAAGAAGAAGGAAGCAGAAGAGAAAUUGAGGAAAGAGAAAGAAAACGCUAAACGCAAGAAAGACACACGUAUGAUGUUGCCUCGUUUGAAGAACAUGUUCCCAAGUGCACAAGAAGAUCUUCUGAAAGACGUUAUUCAUCACAGCGUCAACGAGGAGAAGGCUGUAGAGAAACUGUUGGCUAUGAAAUUUCUAAUGCGCAGAUGGUGAAUGAAGGCUCGAUUUCAGUUAAUGUUAUUUCUUUUGCUAAACACCGUUGCAAAGUGGCGACCAAUUGUUAGCAUAAAAUUAAUGUGGAGUAUUUUAACUGCCAUCACGUCGAUGCAGUGAGAUUGUUUUUUGAAUAUUCUUAUAGUUUUUGAUUGCCUCACGCAGUGGUCUAAGUCUGCUGAGUAAUUAGUAUAGAUGUUCGGUUAGUUUACGGUAAAUUCGGUAAUUGCUAUAUUGCUAUAUGGUCUGGCUCUUACGGAUUUAGAAUUGACAUGUUAUUUAUUUGUUAGCUCGAAUCACUGUACUAUAUACAUUUCUGGGGUUUGGUAGCAUUCGUCCGAACUC